AGGUUGAAAAUGUUUCCGAUUUCACUCGGGACGUUCAUCCUUUGUUAUGUAUCUAUCGUGUUCGUGAUAGCGUUUUUCGGUAUUAUAGGCUUCGACACCGGUUUGAGACAACUAUACAUCAAAGGUCUGCUCAAGGUUUUCGAGUAUGGUCGGGUAAAAAUCCAAAGAGCAGCUUUGCAACGAAAAGUGAGCCAUCAAGAGGACGACGAAGACAGUGGUGUGGAGCACGAUGGAAAUUCUAAUGACGGCCACCAGAUUAUUCAUAGAGAAACGCUUGUUCUCGCACCUGGCAUUCAACAGAAUCGGAGCCUUGCAAAUAUCAACGGAGAGUCCUCGGAUCCAAAGCGGCCUGGUAAAUUGAAAUAUUGUUCGUUUUCCAUACAGGCUCCAAAGGAAUUGAAUUUUUCCUUGCUGCAUUCUCUGGAUUUCGUCAAGGCGGGCGUUGAAGCAAUUAUUCAGGACGAAGUUACUCAACGCUUUGAUGCGGAAGAACUUCAGUCAUGGAAUCUUUUGACCCGGACGAAUCAGAAUUACGAGUUCAUCAGUGUGAGACUCACGCUCAUAUGGGUGCUCGGAUUUCUUCUGCGUUACAUAAUUUUGUUCCCUUUCCGAGUGAUGCUGACAGCUACCGGAGGUUUAACUUAUUUUUAUUAUGAAGCCAUUAUCAAGUAUCACGAUGUGGAGAAUCGUCCGAAAGGCGGUAUUUGCGUAGCAAAUCACACAUCGCCUAUUGAUGUCGUCAUGCUCCACUGUGACAACGUUUACUCGCUGGUUGGUCAGCGUCAUGGAGGCUUUUUGGGAGUCCUUCAAACCGCGUUGAUCCGUGCCUCGUCUCAUUUAUGGUUCGAGCGUUCGGAAUUGAAAGACAGGAAAAUAGUUGCCGACCGAAUGAAGGAGCACGUGGCCGAUGAACACAAACCACCGAUCCUCAUUUUUCCUGAAGGAACUUGCAUCAACAAUACGUCCGUGAUGCAGUUCAAGAAGGGAUCUUUCGAUAUCGGGGCCAAAAUCUGGCCUGUCGCCAUCAAGUAUGACCCAAGGUUUGGAGAUGCCUUUUGGAAUAGCAGUCGGGACAAUUAUUUACAAUACCUGUCUCAUAUGUUGUCGAGUUGGGCAACAGUCGUGGACAUUUGGUAUUUACCGCCAAUGGAGCGGGAAGACGGCGAGAGUGCUGUCGAUUUCGCCAAUCGAGUAAAAUCCGAAAUCGCCAGAAAAGGCGGUCUGGUUGAUCUCGUUUGGGAUGGACAGCUUAAAAGAAUGCAUGCAAAAGAAGAAUGGAAAGCCCAGCAACAAGAGUUGUUUGCAAGCCGGUUCAAGACCGACUAGCCGUUAGAGCUUCAUUUUUUUCGCGCAAGAAGAAAUUCCCUGCAAAAAUGUCUUUCUCGUCCCUCAAUUUCCCUGGCGGUGCAAUUUACGACUAGGAAGCAACAAAAUAUGUCUCGGGAAUUAUCCGUGAUGGGUUUUCUCGGGGCGAGUAGCAUGAAGACGUAACCGAAAGGGUUAAUUCAAAGGCAUUUAUGUACAUAAUGAGGUGAACGUAUUUAUUUCGCGUGAUUUGUUUUUCGAAGUUUUGCGUUGAUUAUCCUAGGGCUGGGAACGGUUUUAAUGGGGAUGUUUUACCCGGAAAGUCUAUUUUUCUAUUUCGAAGUUAUCUUCCAGGAGGAAAACGUUUUUCCGUUGUUUUGCGGGAAACUUUUUCUAUGACUAAUUUGGAAGGUGUCAAGGAUGUUCUGUGAUAUGCUCUUGCCCCGGUUCGCGGCCCCUUGUUUUGUUGUGCUGCCAAAAUUACUUUAGUCCUCCCAUUAGUCGCAAAGAAACGGUAUUGGUGAAUCGUUUCGUUCGUUCGGAACUGUGAAAAUUCUUGUCGAUAAACCGUAGAUCGUUGAUUAGACUUUUCUUAGCUCGUUUUGCCAAAUUUGGCAGAUGUAGCGGUCCGUUCAACGAAGUAAUAAACCAGAUAUACUUAGUUUUGGUUUGUGUGCAAGUGGGUCCAUGGUCUCAAGAUUUCGUGGGUUUAGAUAUUAUUUUCAUUUGUUUCUCUUUUGGGGGUAUCUCUUGAGAUCUUCUGCUUUUGCCCGUGUGUCGGUGUAUUUAAUACCCUUGGAGCUCGGAUGCUUACACGAUCCAUCUGCGUGUCAGUCGUCAUUUUGAUGUUGAUUUCGAUCCGGGUUUCUUAGGGGCAAAAUGAAUUUAUUUUUCGGUAGACUUCCACGAAACUCUGUUGGUGACUUCUGUCGAAAUCUGGAUCGUCUGUUCGAAAGCGAGAUCACUUUUAUGAAGUAGUUCAAUGAGAUUUUAGCGAUUAUUUUUUGAACAUCCUGAUUUUUUUAGACCAGUGAAAUCCAUCAAGGAAAUAUACGUAUCUUGGAAAUUCA